AUGGAACAGGUGGAAAUGAAGACGUUCUUGUUGCAGCACCUCUCUUCAUCGUCUUCGGCGAACAUUUCGUCGUUGCACCAUCACGGACAUAAUCAGUUCCCAUUAUCGCAAAGCCAACAAACACAACAACUCUCCGCAACACACCAUACACAACUGCAUCAUGGACUGUCCGCAUCCACAGCGAUCACAUCGCAUCACACACAUAUUCCGAGCAUUAAUUCAUCAUCGCCACUUCUUACGUCUGCUGCUGCGGCUGCUGCUGCUGCUGCAGCCCUUCAGCAGCAGCAACACAGGAAUACAUCUCCAUCGAUUUCCGGACCGAUCAGUGGAACUUCAGCCGCAGCAGCAGCA